AUGGACGACCUGUCCUUCGAAGCUGGCGUGGAGGAGAUUGAGAGUUUCUACGAUCAUCUCGACCUCUCGCUAGACCUCGAUAUGCAAGACAACGCGUCAUCUCCUCCGGGAGCUGAGGGUGGAGAGGUCGUCGCCGCAUUGCACUCCGCAACGCCUGGUCCGGAGCUUUCCUUGGAGGCCCCCUCUGCCAGUGCUAACCACUUGUCCACACCUGUUGACCUGAUUCAUCUCCACCAGAGGGAAUUGGUCGCCGAUCUCGACACCAACGAUCAAAUUGCUCAGCACUCAGCGGCAGUAGAUCCGCCUGCGUCCUCCCCACCCAGCCUUGCGGCACCUCAGCCCACCAAAUCUCCGAACCCAGUCCCGCCGAGCCCAGUCAACAUCGCCCCUUCGUGUCCAUCACUGUUUGCAUCCGGCCACUCACCAUCCCACAACCACGGCGAAACCUCUCCAGAUCUACCAGGUGCAGCUCCAAUCGCCCAAGAGCCGGAGAAAACCUCACCUCCAACGACUCAACCCACUCACGCCUUCCACACACCACACCCGGCACCAACGCAAGCUGAACCAAACACGACCGAGAUGCUCGAAGGACCCAGCAGCGGCGCCGGCAGCAAACACUCUCUUAUGCACGAAAUGCGAGCCGAAGAGCUGCGCUACUUGCCAAGCGGUGACGUGGCCGCGCCUUCCCACUCUGGACGUGCUCAACAGACUGUCUCCCCAACAGACACUACGAUCGAAAAGGACGAGAGCACCCUCGAGCGCCACCAGGUUGACCGGAACUCCGACUCUGAAGGCGACGACGGAUCGAGCAGUCCUGUAAAUCUGUCUGCUCGUCUCAGGAAAGUAGCAGAGGAGAAGAGUGAUGUCUCAUCAACCCCUGCUACUAUCGACGCGGCCAAGCACGCUGAAUUGAAUGCCGCAUCGAAAGACCAGCAACCUCACAAAGAGGAAAUGACCUACGCCGCAAUCAAACCCCAAGGCAAAAAGAGAAAACGCUCGCCAUCUCCUCAAUCACCAACCGAGCAGCAACCCGCACCCCAAACUUCAACGCAAACCAGCAAGACAAAGAAAGCGAAAAAGCAGCCAAAGAAGAGCACAACAGAACCCACCGACCCAACAACGACAGCGACAAUCCCAGACGAAGCAAAGCAAAGAAAAGCCCCUCGCAACUCCCUCGGCCGCAAAGAGCUGCAGACCCUACUAUCCGGCUGGCCGCACGUGGAACCACCGCAAAUCGACGAUGGGGAUGGUGGUAAUGGCUUUGCUCCUUCGCAGGGCAGAACGCGAGCGCAGAAGUUGCUUGCGAAGGAGAGGGAGCCGAAUGCGGGGAUGGCGGCGAAGGCGAGGCACAGGAAGGGGAGUUAG